AUGUUCGGGCACUGCGAUCCUUUGGCAAUGCCCAUGGAUGCCACAACGAGUGGAACCCCAACUAUACAAUACCAUAACAUCACUGAUCAGCCUGUUACAGCCAUUGUUGCUGUUCCUGUUUCAACAUAUCAACGAAAUCAGCGUCAUUGUUUUGGGGACUUGAUUCCUGGAGAAUUCCCCUUAGCUGCUAAUCCAUCAAUUGUCCUUCAUGUUCUUACUGCUUGUAACUUGGAUCCUCAAGAUCUUGCAAAACUAGAGGCAAAGCUUGCUGCUCUUGAUAUGUGUCAACAAAGAGCCAUAUUUAAGCCAAUGACGCCAGAAGAACGCCUAGAUUUGAAACAAAGAUGCGGGGGCUCGUGGAAACUGGUCCUGAGAUUUUUGCUGGCUGGAGAAGCAUGUUGCAGGAGGGAGAAAUCCCAGGCAAUUGCAGGACCUGGUCACAGCAUUGCCGUGACAUCAAAUGGAGUAGUUUACUCCUUUGGCUCUAAUAGCUCAGGACAGCUUGGGCAUGGCACCACUGAAGAGGAGUGGCGGCCUCGGGAAAUCAGAUCCCUACAAGGCAUUCGAAUUAUCCAAGCAGCUGCUGGACCUGGCAGGACAAUGCUGAUUAGUGAUGCUGGGCAGGUUUAUGCCUUUGGAAAGGACUCCUUUGGUGAAGCUGAAUAUGGAGUUCAAGGAACUAAAACAGUCACAACUCCACAGCUGGUUGAGUCCUUGAAAAACAUAUUUGUGGUGCAAGCUGCAAUAGGAAAUUUCUUUACUGCUGUAUUGUCCAGAGAAGGAAGGGUUUAUACAUUUUCUUGGGGUAAUGAUGGCAAACUUGGCCACCAGACCGAGCCAAGUGAUGUUGAACCCCAUCCUUUGUUGGGGGCACUUGAGAACAUACCGGUGGUACAAAUUGCAGCUGGAUACUGCUACCUUCUUGCUCUGGCUUGUCAACCUAGUGGCAUGUCGGUAUACUCCGUUGGAUGUGGCUUGGGUGGUAAGCUUGGACAUGGAUCAAGAACUGAUGAGAAGUACCCUCGAUUGAUAGAACAGUUUCAGCUUUUGAACCUUCAGCCAGUGGUGGUUGCUGCUGGUGCAUGGCAUGCUGCUGUGGUUGGAAGGGAUGGACGGGUUUGUACAUGGGGUUGGGGCCGCUAUGGGUGCUUGGGUCAUGGGAAUGAAGAGUGUGAAUCGGUUCCUAAGGUGGUUGAUGCAUUGAGCAAGGUCAAAGCUGUUCAUGUUGCUACAGGGGAUUACACAACCUUUGUGGUUUCUGAUGAUGGUGAUGUAUACUCAUUUGGUUGUGGUGAAUCUGCUAGUCUAGGUCAUAAUGCGGCUGCUGAUGGACAGGGAAAUAGGCAUGCUAAUGUGUUGAGCCCAGAGCUAGUAACAUCAUUGAAGGAGGUGAAGGAGCGAGUGGUGCAGAUCAGCCUAACCAAUUCCAUAUACUGGAAUGCGCACACCUUUGCUCUCACUGAAUCUGGGAAACUGUUUGCGUUUGGUGCCGGAGACAAAGGGCAGCUUGGCAUGGAACUUGUUAACAACCAAACUGAAAGGGGGAAUCCAGAACGCGUGGAUGUUGAUCUAAGGUAG